AUGACAUACUCAGUCCCUAUUGAAUCCGCCCAACUUCUGCGCAAGGGGAUCUUGCAGAACCCUUUGCUCGCAUCCAACAUUCCCAGCGAUGCAUCGUCUCUCGCAGACCACGUCACAUUCACCGGAAAUGCAAACCCGAACAUUCCCAUAAACUGGCGUUUUGCUGAAAGUAUUUCGGUAUUGAAGGGGCUCGAGUCGCUUUGGGUCAACGCUUUAUUAAAGGCGAAGUAUAACCAUGGUCCGGUCAAAGUUGACAUUGAUACCGACCAUGCCACGCUGUUCAUAAUGUCAACCCUUCUUAUUGAUGUCGUCGACGAGAACGGGAAUUCACCGGACCCAAACAUAUCUCCAUUGCAACGUAUCCUAUCGAUAUUUCCCAGUCCGGAGAGGGAUCUUGGACAAGCCACCCCUCACCGCUCAUCCAUCACCAAUAUCUACAAGACGAAAGAUAGGCGGUGCUAUCACGUCCACGGGAGUAUGAAUGCUGGCCCAUCCUCGACAGCACUGGGGCUAGACCCUGAUUGUGAAGCCUCUUCCACUGCCGAUGCCAUGAGUGUUAUCCAAGAAUGUGUGCAGAAACUCACCGCUGAGGAACUAGACGAACUUAUGAAUGAAAAGUACCGUCAGGCUGGAACAAUCUGUUACUCCACUGGUGAAUACAAAGCAAGUGAACAUGGCAAGGCUAACGCCCAUGUCGGUCUCUAUGAGCUUAACCACGCUCCCAAUCAGGCCCAGAAGCCCGGAUGGUGGAAUUCAGUCCCAGGUACAGGUGUAGCUCGCCCUCUGGCUGGUCUAAAAGUCCUCGACCUAUGUCGCGUGAUUGCUGGCCCUAGUAUCUCGAAGGGAUUGGCCGAGCUUGGCGCGAGUGUGAUGCGCGUAACUGGUCCUGGUGUCGUAGAUGCUUAUGCUCUGCAUGCCGACUUGAACUGGGGCAAGUGGAAUUGUUCCAUUGACCUGAAGACAGAGGAGGGGAAGGAGACUCUGCGCAAGCUUAUUCUUGAGGCUGAUGUUCUACUGGACGGAUACCGACCAGGUGUGAUGGAAAAGCUUGGGUUCGGCCGGGAUGCUGUGCUUGAGCUUGUCAAGGACCGGCCAUUCGGUCUGGUUUAUGCUCGUGAGAACUGCUACGGUUGGCAUGGUCCUUGGCAACAUAGAAGUGGAUGGCAGCAAAUCAGCGACGCGAACUGUGGUGUCUCCCUCGAAUAUGGCCGCGCCACGGGACAUGAUGAAGCCGUUACACCCGUCUUCCCAAAUUCGGAUUACUGCACCGGGGUUAUGGGCGUCUGUGGAGUCAUCAAUGCACUGAUUGAAAGGGCCGACAAGGGUGGAUCUUUCUUCAUGGAUACGGCCCUGAACUACUACUCCCAGUGGCUGGUGAACAGCGUGGGAGUCUAUCCCCCGGCUGUCUGGGAGGAUGUCUGGCAGCGACACAACCGGCUCGCCUUCCGUAAUAACGAUAAUAUGCCGGCCACCAUUCCACUUAUGAUGAAGUCACUCAUGCUGAACAGCGGUACACAGUUGUUCCAGCCACACUUCUUCGAGACACGGUAUUCUGGAGCGGUCGAUCGUUACUUCAAGGUACUUCGUCCCGUGCUCAGCUUUGCUGAUAAACAGGUGGAUCUUCGGUUCAACGUUGGAACAAGAAGCAAUGGACACGAUGCUGCUCGUUGGCCGGAAGACCUACGGACAGAGAUUGUUACCCGCGCGUAG